AUGUCGGAGCGGCGGUCGGGAGCGGCGCGCCGCGGCGGCGGCGGCGGCAGCGAGGGUGCGCAGCUCUCGGCCGACGUGGAGCCGUUCGUGCCCCGCGCGCGGCUGCCCGGCUGCGCCGCCGCCGGCCGCCCCUUCCCGACGGAGACGGCCCUGCACAGCAUCGUGGCAGAUCCCAAGCUCGGGGAGUACUCCAGCUGCCUUUACACGCCUGAUGUUAUUUCAAAUGUGUAUCCAGUAGCCAGCUCUCAGUAUCAUUCCAGUAACUUGGCAUACUAUAACCAUUCCGUGAGAGUCAGUGAAUCUGCUGAACAAACAUACCUGCUCAGACCGGAAAGUAGGAGUGUUCCAAAGCAGAGGAGGUCUAAAGAGGGUGAGAAAAAAUCAGUCAAGAAGAGGCAUGAUGGAGAUGGUUCUUCAGGCAGAAUUGCAAACAGGACUUCUUUCCAGACCUCUGCAUGCAGUAGGGAUCCCAUGAAGCCAGACAGGUUCAGUACAGCUACGAACAGGAAGACCACACAAACUCCAAAAAGGGAGAGCCUUCCUGAAUCUGCCUUUGAAGCUCCUGUUUUGGAUUUCUCCAAAUCACAGUGUUUGGGAGGCAAUGAACUGGAUGUACAGUGUAGAAAUGUGUCAGUUUGUUCAGAAGAAAAUAACACGAUGUGCCUUAGUCAGACGUUGAAGAUGCAGACGUCUCCUGUGUGCAACACAGAGGAAGAUAUUUUUGUGGAAAGCAAAGCUCCAUCAAAAGUUUUAUAUGAAGCAGUAGCCACUGUAGUUCCUCCUUCAUUUGAUGGCAGAGAUGGUUCUGCUCAGCCACGUGUGUCUUGGGCCAUGGUUCUUUCCCAGCCCCCAAAGAAAAUUGUGUCGUCAUCAGCAGCUGAAGGUCUCUCCAGAAGCAAAGGGAAGCAGGAUAAUCUGGCAAAGUCAGAAACAAGAAAUGAUGCUAGUGAAACUGAGCCUGAAGAGGGAUCAGAAAAGAAGAAAAAAAAGAAGAAAAAGAAAAAGAAACUUAAAUCACCCACUGAAGAAGAAAAACCUCAAACUGAAACUGCUGCAGUGCAGGAACCACCAAGGAUUGAGGAUGCUGAAGAAUUUCCUGAUCUGGCAGCAGCUUCUGAUAAGAAACACAGAUUGGGAUCUCAGAAGUUGCCAUUUUCUCCUGCUAUCAGAAAGCAGCCUGAAGGUGAUCUUCCUGAAGAGUCCUGUGAUAGUUGCUUUUCCAAGCUGGAUGGAAUACCCAAAGUGGAUGGGACAUCAGGGAAGCAAACUGCAUCUGUUGCAUUAGAAAAAAAGAAAAUGCAGGAAGCAAACAAGAGCAGUGGUAAGAAGAGUCAAGUUCCCGUGCAGUUGGACCUGGGCGGCAUGUUGGCAGUCUUGGAGCAGAAACAGCAAACGGGGAAGUCAAAACAGUCUUCGAAACCUGUGGUGCUUUCAGUUGGUGGUGCCAUACCACUGCUUUCUAAAGAACCUGCUUCAGCAACAAAAAAUAACCGAUUAAACCAAGGAAAGAUGCCUCAUAACCCUUUGGAUUCCAGUGCGCCAUUGGUAAAGAAGGGAAAGCAGAGAGAAGUCCCUAAAGCAAAGAGACCAACCGCUCUUAAAAAGAUUAUUUUAAAAGAAAGAGAACAGCGAAAACAGCAGCACCUGUUAGAACAGACAGCAAUGUCAAAAGAUGGAGAUAACAUUUGUCAGACUGGAGAAAAUACUCCUGAAGAUGAAACACUUCCACAGGAUAGCCAAGCAGCUGUUCCUGCAACGCAAGCUGCUGUGGCUCAGAACAACUCUGAAGGGUGUCUGGAGGGUCCAGGAAUCAAGGACUCUACAGAAAGCUCUACAGCUUCAAAGCAGGUUAACCCCAAUCUUCCAAAAAUCCACAGUAGGAGGUUUAGAGAUUAUUGCAGCCAGGUACUUAGUAAAGAUGUUGACAGCUGUGUGACAGAUCUCUUAAAAGAACUGGUUCGUUUCCAAGAUCGCUUGUAUCAGAAGGACCCGGUAAAGGCCAAGAUAAAACGCCGGCUGGUUAUGGGGCUUAGAGAAGUUCUGAAAUACCUGCGUCUGAAAAAGCUCAAGUGUGUCAUCAUCUCUCCUAACUGUGAGAAGAUUCAGUCAAAGGGUGGGCUGGAUGAGACACUGCACAACAUUAUCGACUGUGCCUGUGAACAAAACAUCCCCUUUGUCUUUGCACUGAACCGCAAGGCUCUGGGCCGCUGUGUCAAUAAAGCAGUGCCUGUGAGCGUGGUGGGAAUUUUCAGCUAUGAUGGGGCUCAGGACCAUUUUCAUAGAAUGGUACAACUGACCACAGAGGCCAGGAAAGCAUACAAAGAUAUGGUGGCAGCUUUAGAGGAAGAAGCUGAAGGAGGACUAAGUGAAAAAGCCUCCAGCAUCUCAACCACCGAAUAUGGAAAAAAUGGCUCAUCAGAAACCAGUAAAGCAUCUCCCAGAGAAUCUGAUGAGGAUGUACCAAACUAUAUUAAAAUCUGGAAAAAAAAGCUUGAAGAAGAGUAUAACCCAUAUGCCCUGGAAUUGGAAAAGAGUGCAACCAGUGACGUGCUGGCGUUGAAUUCAGAAGAGCAGCAGUAAAUCCAGAUUCACUUCCAUAGCGCUUUAAGAUUUUCUGAUAGACCUGUAAAUACUGAAAUAUCUAAAACUAAAGGUCCAGAUAGGAAGAGGGCACAGCAAAUUAAGAUAAAUUCAGAAAUGCCUGAAGUAAGUCAGCCAGGUAAACUGUUCUGACCUUGAGCAAAAAUGCACACUGGGGCACAGGAGGCACUGACUUAUUCUCUGGGAUUUCUGUGUACUUGGCUGAUUACGGUAGCAGACUCUAACAGUGAACAAACUGUCUUCCUCAGAACCACCUGAACUGGCGCUGUCGCCUGUAGUGGUUUAAUGGACUUACUUAGCUGGGAUUCAGUGGUGGCACCAGAUGCCAAAAGAACUUGGUAGAAGGGAGAGAAGGGAACUACCUAGAGGGAGAGAAAAGGAUUCCAAGAGCCAGAAGGUUGGGUCUUAGGUGUUUUGCUUUCUAUUUUUAAGUCUGUUUUUUAAGAACUUCCUUAAGCUGGUGUAUUUUUUGGACGCAGAGGCUGGCUUUGGAGUCGCUGUUGUGCGGGAGGGAAGAGCCGCAGCUGAGGCGGCGGCCGGGCUCACGCUGAGGCCGAGCGCCCCGAUGGCGGCGUGGGCAGCGAGCCCCUUCCCCGGGUCACCCUGCCCCACUGGGUGCUGCCCUGCGCUGAGAGCCGGGCCUCUUCCCACAGGGCCAGCACUGAGGAGGUUCCUGCUCCCUGGCGCUGCCGUGAAGGCCGAGUUCGCCAUAGGUUUGGCUUUGGAGUUGGAGGGUGUGGAAUGGCCAGGGAAGAGCCCAGCCGCCUCUCUCUGCUUCUCCUUUGCUCCAGCUUGGGGUUCUGCCACUGGAAAAGGGAGAGCUUUGAGCCACUCUGGAUUGGCCCCUAAAACAGGGAAAACUUUUGCCUUAUAUAGGAGAGAAGCUUUAUAGAGCCCAGCAAGCGCGUAACAGUGAC